AUGGCUUCCGAUUUGCAUGGAAAACCGGCCCGUUCCGGUGACUAUCAACAGCAGCAACAACCACAGCAGCAACAUAAUUUUGCCGAUCUCAGCGAUGGACCGCCGCCCUCAACUCUCGCUGCCCAACUCGUCCAAAACAUCUCCACCUCGGCCUCCAAGUCCUCGCGGCCGGACGAGACGGCUGAAUUGAAGCACAUUUUUGCAACCAUCGAGAAGGUAAAAAACGACCCGGGCUGCCUCACGACCCACGACGACCGCGUCGAGCAUAACCACCUGCUUGUCUACGUUUGCGGCGGCGUUUUCCUCGAGGGCCUCAAGCCGGAUGACGCUUUUGCGGACCGUGAGCGGCUCCGGACGGAUGCGCUCAAGGCGAUCAAUUUCCUGAGGGUCACAAUCAAGGAGACGCCGACGGUGCUGAAGCGAACUACCAACGGCAAUACUUUCUUGAGGAGGGGCAAGGAGCCUCUUUGGGCGUGGAUCCUGCCGAGGCUGCUGCGCUUGCUGGGACACAGGCGGUGUCUGGGGAUAUCCCGAGAUGUUGAGGAGUUGUGCCGUUAUGUGCUGCUCCUUGCUGCGGAACAGCCGGGUUUGUGGGAUCUGGGAAGGAGCCUGAUGGGGUACUUUCAAGCGAACCUCAGUGCGGUCAUCGCAAGGUUCAAGCAGACAUUGCCGGGUUCGAGCGAGAGCACGAUCGAGAUCAGGCUACCUCCGAGAGCUCUCCUCGACGCCCUGCCUGAUGGCGCGGCUCGCGGAUGCACCUACACCCUUCGAGAUGCCGAACAUCUUCUCCGACACGCUCUAAGCAUUCUAGUAGUAAUCAAGGGCGUAGUAGUGCAAGAGCCAGGAUCGCAAGCUUCGCUGCUCUACGGUCAAGAUACCGUCUGGUUCUUGGACGCUUUGCAGACACUCGGUGCGAUCCUCAUCAACUGGCCGACGCCGCUAGGUGUCAGUCUAGCUCCAGUGCUUCAGGCAUCAAUAGAUGUGGUUGAAGCUUACAGACUCUCCCGCAGUCCUGACUCGGCACUCUACCACAAAGGAUGCGCUACGUUGAGUUUGGUCUGCGCUAAAUUCUUACGCAACCCUUCUGCGCUACUCGCCGAAGAUGACGAUGGCGUCUCUCUUCGACGAACUCUCUGCUUUGCGUUGAUCCACCUCGCCAGCGCUUUGGCGGAUCAUGCGCCCACAUCGCGACUCAUCACCUCCGGGUUGCUUCCUCUUGCUCACCGUCUCAUCUCCGAGAAUCCGGUGAUCGGAACGGGCACUGAUGUCUGGCGAGCCGUUCAGCUCCUCACCGAGACAACGACCACCUCCCCACCAGAAGGCUCUGGAAUCGAAAUCGACCCCGGUAAUUUCGUGGACAGCGAGCUCCGCUCUCAGGUGCAGAGCAUGGUUCUUCGGCAAGGGAACGACCGAGUUAGGGGUCCCAUUGCAAAGCGCAGAAAGGUUGAUGAUGGCGAUGAGUGCAGAAAGGUUGAUGAUGGCGAGUCAUCGCCAUUGCUCGAGCUCAAAGGCCAACUCUGUCGUCUGGUCAAAGCUGAUUCUAACAGCCCGUUGGAUGCCUUGGAGACUCAUAUACUGGAACAACUCCCUCUCAUGGAUGGAGAGGACCAAUGUCAGCUCAUUGACCUUGUCUCUCGUACCGCGUGCGCUGCCGACAACACCUUAAAGCUUGUGAGAAGCAAACAGUCUCCGAUGGCUGGCUAUCUGUGCUCCUUUUGCUCUGAGACAAACCCGGACGUUUUCCCUGUUGCUCCUCGAUGCGAACAACUUGCUGAUAUGGGAAUAUCUACCUUCAGCAAGAUCAUCAAGCUUCCGAAGUUCCUAGAAUCCAGGCGGCUUCGAGUGCUAGCUAUGAUUGCUCUCCGACGUUUAGCAAAACACUCUACAACUAGCGAGUUUUGGGACCUGGAAAAAUCUGGCCCAGGGCAAUGGUGCCUUCAGUCGUUGCAAAGUUCCAUCCGAGAACUCCGCAUCGCCGCUGGGCGCACCCUCUCUGUUUUCAUAUCGGAGCCACCCAUCCCCGGCUUCGACUGGGCAGUCCUGUCACGGAACCGGGCCAACGCGUUGGGUUUUCUCAAGUCAGUUUCCGAAAAGGGUGCAGCGAAUCUGAACGAGACCUGCAUUAUGGCUUGGGCCCAGGUCGGGAAAGCUGUGUCUGUUGACGGACUCAACCUGGCUGUCAUCAAACUGGUGGAGUACCUGGGGCACCGCAACAUGAUAGUGUCUGGCCUCGCCUUCAGCGAGAUUUUGAACCUCGCCGAGUCCCGGGGGGAGACACCGGCACAGCUCUUUGAACCCUUCUGGGGAAACCUGGCGUUCUCCGUUGUCAAAGACCUGGUGACGAAGCCGCAGACGGCGCAGUUGGUUGCCGAUCUAAUGCAGAUAAGCGUCUCGGACCUCUUGCGCAUGCUGCAGAAGCAUGCCUUGCCCUGGUUGGUCCUGACCAAGAAACGCGAGGUGAUCCAAAAAAUUGCCGAAGCACGCGGCGAUAAAGAAAUCUGGGAGACAUGUAUGGACGCCAACAACUUGCCGUCUAUCCUGGCGCUUCUUCUCAUUCAGGAUGCUCCUGACAUCGCUGCUCAUACCAUGUCCCUGCUUGGCCACAUCUCUCCUCGCGUGAACAGCUUCGAGUUGGCCGAGCUAUUGCGGACAGAUCCCCUCCCAAUCGCCCUGGAACUCUUCAAGGCUGCUGCUGAUGCGAGUGAGGCACGCAAGGCGCGGGUAGGUCCGAUCCGGUAUGGCCGAGAUAUUAAGGAGACUAACAGCACCCAGGUCCGAGAAGCGCUUACUACAAUAGCUCUGCUCUUAGCGGAUCAAAAAGACAAAGACAAGAAAAAGAAAUCUCAGGUCGUCGGGCGCUACCUUCAGCAACACGCCCUCGGCCUGACCGCUCGGCUCAGCGAGGUUAUCAACGACCCCUGGUUGAUGCACCCUCCAGUCUCCGAACAACGAAGAUGCCUUGGGGCCAUGGAAGAGAUGAUACGAGUCUGCAACUCUUUUGUGUGCAUUGCUCGCCCACAGAUAUCGGCUUGCCUCAUCUCUGCGCUCGCAUCUGACGAGUUGCGUUCGGCGGCCUUCUCUUGCUGGGAAGUGAUGCUCACUCACAUGGAGGAGGCGGAUGUCGAGGCGCUGAUUGAAACGACAUUUUUUAUCAUUGGCUAUUAUUGGAAGCUGUUCGACAGUUCGACCAAGAAGAAAGCCGAACUUCUGAUCCUGAACCUUCUCAAAGACCACAGAGAAUUGCUGGCUCACCACGCUCAUUAUCUGCCUUCGCUCGGCAACGUUGAUGAGCUUGUCGAAAUACGCCAGGCAUUGGACAGACUUAAAGAACCCUUAGACAAUAGGGAAGCCUUUGCUGUGUUCGCCAAGCGAAUAAGCCAUGAAAUCCCCGGUGUGGUGGAGCAAGCGCUGGUAGAAUUGUGUGCGUUCCUCGACAGGCACCAAGGCUACCUCCAGACGUCGGCUGUCAGCGAGCAGCCAGACUCGGUCAUUGCGAUACUGAUACGCUCGCUUCUCGACUGCUCCGCCAAGUACAACGGCUGGCAUGUCGAGAUCGGCCGGUUUUGUGCCCAAGCGAUUGGCCUCAUCGGCUGCCUGGACUCGAACCGCUUGGAGACGGAACGCGAGCAGAAACAAUUCGUUGUGACCCACAACUUUGAGGACGCCGGCGAAACCACUGAUUUCGUGGCAUUUAUGCUCGAGAAUGUACUCGUCAAAGCCUUUCUGUCAACUACCGACACCAAGUUCCAAGGCUUCCUCUCCUACGCGAUGCAGGAGCUCUUGGGAUCGACCGGCUUCAGAGAUUCGUGCGCCGAUCGUGGGCAGGGAUCCAGCGAGACAAUCUACAGGAAAUGGCUGGCCUUCUCGGAAAAAACGCGAGAAGUGUUGACGCCCUUUCUAUCUUCGAGAUUUGUUGUUGCGCCCAUGCCUCGGCAGGCGACGGAGUACCCCGUCUUCAAGCCUCGGAAGUCGUACGCGGUUUGGCUUAGGGCUCUUGUUCUUGACCUUCUUCGCAACGGCCAGAAUCUCUUCAGCCAGACGGUUUUUGAACCGCUCUGCCGGCUGAUCAAGGUUAAGGACCUUACAGUCACGGAGUUUUUACUGCCGUAUGUUGUCCUACAUGUCAUUGUCGGGCAGGAGGAGAAGGACGAGUUUAGGAAGAAGAUUUCUGCCGAGCUGGCGGCCGUGCUGGAGUACCAGCCCCCGGAGACUGCGUCCUACGUGGAAAAGGAAGAGACGAAGAUGUUUUACCAGGCAGUCUUUCGCAUCCUCGACUAUUGCAUGAGGUGGAAGCAGGUCAAACAGUCCCAACCCGGGCUUACGGAAAAAGGCCAAACCUGGAUCAAAUGGGUCGAUGAAGUCAUUGGUUCUCUCGAUCCGGAGCUUAUCUCUCAGCGAGCUGUGGAUUGCAACGAAUAUGCUCGAGCACUCUUCUUCUUGGAGCCACACUUUGAGAACCGAGAGAAAAAGGCUGGAAAGGAAGAAAACGACCGCAUAUUGCAGUCUCUGCAGGACAUCUACACACAGAUUGACGACCCGGAUGGUCUUGACGGCGUGUCGGCACGCUUGCAGCACAUCACCCUGGGCCAACAAGCCCUCAAUCAUCGCAAAGCCGGACGCUGGACGGCAGCACAGACUUGGUACGAGAUCCGACUGGCGGAAUCUCCCGACGAUGCAGAUAUUCAAUUGGAUCUCCUCACAUGCCUCAAGGAGUCUGGACAACACGAUGUCUUGCUCAACUACGUCGAAGGCAUGGCCGCAAACGCAAACACGGUGAACAGAAUCGCACCGUUUGCUGUCGAAGCUUCGUGGGCAACGGGCAGAUGGCAAACGCUCGAGAAAUAUCUUCGACUGUAUAAUGCUGGGGAUGUCUCCGAGGUGUUCAACCUUGGCGUCGGACAAGCUCUGCUUUGUCUCAAGGAUGGAAAUGUGGAUAAGUUCAAAGAGCACAUCCAGAUGCUUCGAGACAAGGUAUCGGGUUCAUUAACGUACUCGACUACCUCCUCACUGCGAGCUAGCCACGACGCCAUGCUCAAGUGCCACGUCCUGGGCGAUCUGGAGUUGAUUGCCAGUGACAAGUUCAAAGGGGAUGGGGACCGGCAAAGUGUUCUUCUGGCGCUCGAGCGGCGGCUUGAAGUUCUCGGAGCUUAUGUGAGUGACAAGCAGUAUCUCCUUGGGAUCAGGAGAGCAGCGAUGGAGUUGAUGAGACCCAGAUUCACAAACGAGGAUAUUUCCUCCCAGUGGUUGUCCAGUGCGCGUUUGGCAAGGAAAUAUGGGUCCAUGCAUCAGUCCUUCAACGCGGUGCUACAUGCUCAGCAGCUUGGAGACGGCUCCGCCAUCAUCGAGAACGCCAGGUUACUGUACAAGGACGGCCAUCACCGCAAAGCAAUUCAGAUCUUGCAGCUUGCCAUCUCGACCAACUCUUUCAUCAACGACAGCUCCACCAGUGUCAUUAGUGUCCCGCCGACGUCUAGCAAGGGACCGGAGGCACAACGCAGCCUCUUGACAGCAAGGGCUUACCUUCUCCUGGCGAAAUGGCUGGACUCUACGGGCCAGACACAUGCCAGCGCUCUUCGCUCACAAUACCAGCAAGCGGCGAAGACUCACCCUCAGUGGGAGAAGGGGCAUUAUUACCUCGGCCGCCACUACAAAAAAGUCUUGGAGUCGGAGAAGGCUCUCACGCCGGACGAUCAGACAGACGAGUACUUGACCGGCGAGACCGCCAAGCUGGUCAUCGAGAACUAUCUCCGCUCGCUCAGUUUUGGGACGAAGUAUCUCUCUCAGACCUUGCCACGCAUCCUUACUCUGUUUCUCGAGUUGGGCAGCCAAGUCGACAAGGCUCCUGAUGGCAAAAUCUCACUGUCUCAGGAGUUGCGAGACCGCAGGAAGAUCAUUCUCCAGGAGUUGUCCAAGCAGUUUCAAAAGCACAUCACGCGCUUACCAGCGUACAUAUUUUACACUUCUUUGCCACAGAUUGUGGCAAGGAUAGCGCACCCACACCCCGAGGUGUUCAGGGUUUUGGAGCAGAUGAUCCUCAAAGUGGUCGAGAACCAUCCUCGACAAGCGCUAUGGAGCCUCUUCCCGCUCAUGGCGGCGAACCAAGCCGGUGAGCGGCGGGCCAGGAGCUUCCAUAUCUUGAAAGCUGUCCGUAGUAUCAACGCGAAGGGCGACGGCUUCUCCGAAGGUUUGGGGGUGCUACUCAGAAAAGGCGAGAAGCUGGCCGAGCAGCUAUUGAUCGCUGCCACCAAUGGAUCCUUCCCGAAUAACAAGACGAGCACGGCAAGCAUCACGAAAGAUCUCAACUUCAACCACAAGUGCACGCCUUGUCCACUUGUGCUGCCGAUUGAGGCUUGUUUAACAGCUACGCUGCCGACUCUAACGGACAAUGUUCGAAAACACAAGCCAUUUUCGCGCGACGUCAUCACCAUUGAUUCGUUUCUGGACCACGUCCUGGUCCUCGGCUCACUGGCGAAGCCGCGCAAGCUCACCGCGCGCGGAUCGGACGGCAAGCUCUACGGCUUGCUGGUCAAACCGAAAGAUGACCUCCGCACUGACCAGCGGCUGAUGGAGUUUAACACCCUCAUCAACCGCUCCCUCAAGCGCGACGCUGAAUCCAGCCGCAGACAGCUCUACAUCCGGACCUACGCCGUCACGCCGCUGAACGAAAGGGUUGGCAUCAUCGAGUGGGUCGACGGCCUCAAAACGCUGCGAGAAAUCGCAACCAAAUUAUUGACGUCGCGCGGCAUCAAGAUUGAAUACAACGAGGCCGCUCAAAUGAUGAACCGGGCCCUCUUGUCGGACGCGAAUAUCCGCAUCUUCACCGAGGACUUACUUGGAAUGUACCCGCCAGUGUUACCCGAAUGGUUCAUUGCGCAGUUCCCAAAUCCGUCGGCGUGGUUCGCCGCCCGACUCAAAUUUACGCGCUCCUGCGCAGUCAUGUCCAUGGUUGGCACCAUCCUCGGGCUGGGCGACAGACACGCCGAAAACCUGCUGCUCGAGGAGGGCAAUGGUGGCAUCCUCCACGUUGACUUCAACUGCCUGUUCGAAAAAGGGCUUCACUUGGCCCAGCCGGAGCGCGUGCCGUUCCGGCUGACGCACAACAUGGAGACAGCGAUGGGCAUCUACCGCUACGAGGGCCCCUUCAGGCACUGCAGCGAGGUAACGCUGCGGAUCCUGCGGCAGCAGGAGGAGACGCUCAUGACCAUCCUCGAGGCCUUCAUCUACGAUCCCACGCUGGACUUACAGAACAGUAAGAAGCGGCCUCAGAAGGGGCCUCCGCUCAACCCGACCCGCGUGGUCGAAACCAUCCGGCGCAAGAUCAGGGGCCUGUUGCCGGAAGAGAGCAUACCUCUUGGCGUGGAAGGCCAGGUGGAGGAGUUGAUUAAGCAGGCCAUCGACCCGAAGAAUCUGGCGGCCAUGUAUAUCGGUUGGUUACCUUUCAUGUGA